UCUUCUGAAGAUUGAUGUCUAUUUCCUUGAGCUCUUUAAUUUUGUUGCCAAUUUGGGGAUAAACAUGGCACAAAUCCAGCAGGCGAGGUCCAGAUGAAAAAAGAAAAGACAACAGCACUGAAAGAUUUAUUGUCUAGGAUAGAUUUGGAUGAACUAAUGAAAAAAGAUGAGCCACCUCUUGAUUUUCCUGAUACCCUGGAAGGAUUUGAAUAUGCUUUUAAUGAAAAGGGGCAGUUAAGACAUAUAAAAACUGGGGAACCAUUUGUUUUUAACUACCGGGAAGACUUGCACAGAUGGAACCAGAAGAGAUAUGAAGCUCUGGGUGAGAUCAUCACAAAAUAUGUAUAUGAGCUUUUGGAAAAGGAUUGUAAUUUGAAAAAAAUCUCCAUUCCAGUAGAUGCCACUGAAAGUGAACCAAAGAGUUUCAUCUUUAUGAGUGAUGAUGCUUUGACAAAUCCACAGAAACUGAUGGUUCUAAUUCAUGGUAGUGGUGUUGUCCGGGCAGGUCAGUGGGCUAGAAGACUUAUUAUAAAUGAAGAUCUGGACAGUGGUACACAGAUACCUUUUAUUAAGAGAGCCAUGGAUGAAGGUUAUGGAGUGAUAGUACUGAAUCCUAAUGAAAACUAUAUUGAAGUAGAAAAGCCGAAGAUACACUUACAGUCUUCUUCUGACAGUUCAGAUGAACCUGCAGAAAAACGGGAAAGAAAAGAUAAAGUCUCUAAAGAAACAAAGAAGCGACGUGAUUUCUAUGAGAAGUAUCGUAACCCCCAAAGAGAAAAGGAUAUGAUGCAGUUGUAUAUCCGAGAAAAUGGUUCUCCUGAAGAGCAUGCAAUCUAUGUGUGGGACCAUUUUAUAGCCCAGUCUGCAGCAGAAAAUGUGUUUUUUGUUGCUCACAGUUAUGGAGGUCUUGCAUUUGUUGAGCUGAUGAUUCAACGAGAAGCAGAUGUAAAAAGUAAGGUAACUGCUGUGGCGCUGACAGACUCUGUUCACAAUGUGUGGCAUCAAGAAGCUGGCAAAACGAUUCGAGAAUGGAUGAGAGAGAACUGUUGUAACUGGGUCUCUAGCUCAGAACCAUUAGACACAUCAGUGGAAUCCAUGCUUCCUGACUGUCCCCGGGUCUCAGCAGGGACCGACCGGCACGAGCUGACUUCUUGGAGAAGCUUUGCGUCCAUCUUCCGCUUCUUCGCCCAAGCCUCGGAGGCCCGCGGCGGGUCCCCGAAACCGGCUGUGACGUGGCGGUCGUCCCAGGUCCAGCAUGAGGAGCUGUAAGCGGAGAUCGAGCGAGCCCGAGAGCCCGAGAGCCAGAGAGAGAGAGAGAGAGAGCCAGCCGGGGAGAUGGGGGAUUCUGCCUGGGAGCCCGCCGGCAGGCAGCCACCGAGCUAGCUGACUUGAGACGCCCCUUCUCUGCCCCUCCAGCCCCUCAGCAUUAGAUCGCUUUCUUCCCCCCGAGCACAGGGUCGCCAGAUA